AUGGCAGAUACACCGCCUCAUCAUCGCGAACCUCCUCACCGUGACCAGCCUCUUUUUCCAUUCUCUCCCUUUUUCAUGUCUCUGCAAACGCCUUUUCAGCCGCACCCAUUUUAUUUCGGUUAUCCUUUGUCGUCCGCAAGAGUCGCUAUUGUAACAGGAUCGUUCCGAGGCAUUGGUUGUACCAUUGCACUCUGGCUUGCCAAGGACGAUCCCGAUGUAGUCAUCAACAAUCAAUCCAAUGCGGCGAAAGCACAAGAAGUCGUUGGCGGGAUCCAAGCCCUCACCAAGGAUUCAUCCUCUAAUGACAAAACAACGCCCAGGGGGGCUAUUGCAGUCCAAGGCGAUGUCAGCGAUAUGGUCCACGGUCAGCAUUUGAUUGACGAGACUCUUAGGGCAUUCGAUUGGAUCGAUGUAGUUGUCUUUAAUGCAGCCCGGAUCAACUACAAGGUUCUCGAAGAGGUCACCCCUGAGGACUACGAAAAAGCGUUUAAGCCCAAUGUGGAUCCGCACCUGAAGAAGCAAGAAGGAGCGCGGGUGUACUACUCGACUAAGGGCGCAGUAGAGGAGGGAAGGAAAUAA